GGUCCCGGCGGCGGCGGCGGCGGAGCCAGUGGCGCCUCCCUUUCCCGGCCUUCGAGCACCCAGUCCCGGCUGUCAGCCAGCUAGCUCCGCAGCGCUCUCCGCCACCAUGACGGAACAGGCCAUCUCGUUCGCCAAGGACUUCCUGGCGGGGGGCGUCGCCGCCGCCAUCUCGAAAACGGCCGUGGCCCCGAUCGAGCGGGUCAAGCUGCUUUUGCAGGUCCAGCACGCCAGCAAGCAGAUCGCGGCGGACAAGCAGUACAAGGGCAUCGUGGACUGCAUCGUGCGCAUCCCCCGCGAGCAGGGCAUGCUGUCCUUCUGGAGGGGCAACCUGGCCAACGUCAUCUGCUACUUCCCCACCCAGGCCCUCAACUUCGCCUUCAAGGACAAGUACAAGCAGGUGUUCCUGGGCGGUGUGGACAAGCACACCCAGUUCUGGCGCUACUUCGCCGGCAACCUGGCCUCGGGCGGCGCGGCUGGGGCCACCUCGCUCUGCUUCGUCUACCCGCUGGACUUCGCCCGCACCCGGCUGGCCGCCGACGUGGGCAAGUCGGGCACGGAGCGCGAGUUCAAGGGCCUGGGGGACUGCCUGGUCAAGAUCAGCAAGUCGGACGGCAUCCGCGGCCUCUACCAGGGCUUCAACGUGUCCGUCCAGGGCAUCAUCAUCUACCGGGCGGCCUACUUCGGCGUCUACGACACGGCCAAAGGUAUGCUCCCGGACCCCAAGAACACGCACAUUGUGGUCAGCUGGAUGAUUGCGCAGACGGUCACUGCGGUGGCCGGAGUGGUGUCCUACCCGUUCGACACCGUGCGGAGAAGGAUGAUGAUGCAGUCUGGCCGGAAAGGAGCGGACAUCAUGUACACGGGGACGAUCGACUGCUGGCGUAAGAUCUUGAAGGAUGAGGGCGGCAAGGCCUUCUUCAAGGGCGCCUGGUCCAACGUGCUGCGGGGCAUGGGCGGGGCCUUCGUGCUGGUCAUCUACGACGAGCUCAAGAAGGUCAUUUAG